AUGCAUUUAUCGAGUGAAGUGAGUUCCACGACCAAUGGACUGGGCCAUGAGGCACCUUCGUCGAGCUAUGGGAGUUCGCUGCCGAGUCAGCCACUGACGGCUGAGUUGCUUGCGGAAAGGACCUUGGAAGGUCUGCUAGCUGAUCAUCCUGGAGAGCUGGUGAAGACUGGUUGUCCUCAUGUGGUGUGCACAGUACUACCUCCCCACUGGCGGUCAAACAAGACCCUACCAGUGGCGUUCAAGGUGGUGGCAUUAGGAGAAGUGGGAGACGGCACCUUGGUAACCGUCAGAGCUGGUAACGACGAGAACUGUUCUGCAGAGCUGAGGAAUUGCACCGCCGUCAUGAAGAACCAGGUCGCCAAGUUUAAUGAUCUUCGAUUCGUUGGAAGAAGUGGAAGAGGUAAAUCGUUUACCCUAACGAUAAUGCUGGCAACGUCCCCCCCUCAAGUGGCGACGUACCAGAAAGCCAUCAAGGUGACGGUGGACGGUCCUCGGGAGCCGAGGUCCAAGACCAGGCACCAUGGCUUCCAUCCCUUCCACUUCGGACCACGAUUCCCGCCUGACCCUCUGAUGGGGUCGCUACCUUUUAAGUUAUCAGGAAUAGCUCACCAGCUGGCAGGUCUACCUGGUGGUGAAUGGGGUGCAUUGGCGCGACACUAUCCCCCUCCCUUACUGCCCACUCCUGCGCACUUCACGCCACAUGUUUUACCACCACAUGCGCAGCCUCAGCAUGUAGCACCACCACCACAUGAGACUGAUAUAACAUCAGAUAAUCCAAUUACAAUGCACGCGCACAGCACGACAAGUCCGGCAAACUCGCGUCCAAGCUCGCCGCAAGACGACGACAUCUCCGUCACGGCAUCGAGCUCCCCACCGCCCGACGACCGUCCAGGAGCCUUCACAUCAGUCACCAGGUCGAGAAAACCGAUGCAGCCGUUACCAGCACCUUCCACCCUCUUCCAUAGCGCAUUAGCAGCUCAAUUAUUCCUCAAUUCCCCUCUACUUCCAACACCCCCCGCGUGGUUAUAUUCUCAACUAUAUGGAGGCUACGAUUGGUGGCUCAGACCGCCUCCACCUCAAGAAGACUCCAACCAUUCUAGCCCAGAAAGAGAAGACGAGAGUUCAACCACAUCGGGGACUGGAAAAAAACGCCCCGCUUCUCCAGAGUGGUCAGAACAAGGGAUGAGGACUCGAAGUAAGUCGCUGAUCACGGCGGAAAGACGGCCUGUUGAUGUGUGGCGUCCUUAUUAGUGCAGUGUUAGUGACAAAAACUGGAAAACCUCACAGUUCAUGUGUCGGUCUUGCAUUGUUAGCCACGUUCGUUUAUCGGAGUCUAGUCAAUCUAGUCAGUCAGUUAGAGAGGAUGGUAUGAAGACAAGCUUAUUUGUUUGAAAAUGGACACAGUUAAAUUAUUGUAAUGUGGCAGGUGAAGCUUAUUUCAGUGAGGUAAUACGUGUAGUGUGUUUUGACUCUAUACAAUCACGUUCGGCGUCGAACCCGUCCUGUGUGUGAGACAUUAGACACUUCAAAAAUUG